UACAGUUAUCUUAUUACACUAUGCAUAUCAUUACUUUAAUUGUUACCUUAAUAAUUCAAAUUAUACAUUUAACAUGACAAUUAAUUUCAAACACGCCACUACAUGACCUGUUGAAAUAUUCGAGCCAAAAAGACACAAAAGAAUUAUUUGAAAGUGAAAUUGUUAAACCCAAAGUAAGAUUAAAAACAACUAAAAAGGAAACACAAGAUCCCACCUACAAUUAACAAUCACACUAUACACACCCCACUUCACCAGUCCACCACACUACUCAAAUUUUCCUAAUUUCUUUCAACCUCAUCAUAUAAACCCAAAAAAAUUCAUGCACCCUCAUUUCUUUAUACCAACCAAAAAUGCAAAUCUCUCUGCUUUUUUUCCUCUCCAUUUUCUCUCUCCUCUUUUCCCUCCCAAUACAUUCAUUUCCAACCGCUUCAAAACUUGAACAAAGAACCUUCAUCAUUAGUGUUAAUCACCGUGUUCCUACUCACUUUCACUGGUAUCAAGCUUCAUUAGACUCAUUAUCCUCCCAUCCUCCUAAACAAGUUCUUCAUACGUACGAUACCGUUUUCCAUGGCUUCUCCGCUCAGCUUACUAACGCUGAUGCUGAUAUCCUGUCGAAACAAUUCCACAUUCUUUCGCUUAUACCCGAACAAGUCCGGUCCCUUCACCCCACUCGCUCGCCUCUUUUCCUCGGCCUCGAACCCUCCUCGACUAACACCUCGUCAUUGCUCGAGGAGUCUGACUUUGGGUCUGACCUUGUUGUCGGUGUCAUUGACACCGGUAUAUGGCCUGAACACCCAAGCUUUAACGACCGUGGUCUAAAUGCUAUUCCUCUAAAAUGGCGUGGGUUUUGCCCUAGUGACUUCCCUUGUAAUAAAAAAAUUAUUGGGGCUAAGUUUUUCUUUGAAGGGUAUGAGGCUACUAAUGGAAAGAUGAAUGGCUCUACAGAGUUCCAUUCUGCACGAGACUCCGACGGACAUGGUACACACACUGCCUCUAUCGCCGCAGGGAGAUAUGUCGUCCCCGCGGACACCCUAGGCUACGCUAAAGGGGUUGCCGCGGGGAUGGCUCCCAAGGCGAGGUUGUCAGUGUACAAAGUAUGUUGGACCUCAGGGUGUUACGACUCGGAUAUUCUCAAGGCAUUUGAUGAAGCUGUCAAAGAUGGUGUGGAUGUUAUAUCAUUAUCAGUUGGUGGUGUAGUAGUUCCAUAUUAUCUUGAUUCUAUUGCUAUUGCUGCUUUUAGGGCUGUACAAAAUGGGGUCUUCGUAUCGGCCUCGGCCGGUAAUGGUGGGCCCGGGGGCUCGUCGGUGACGAAUGUAGCCCCUUGGGUGACUACUGUGGGUGCAGGAUCAAUUGAUAGGGAUUUUCCUGCGGAUGUAGUGCUAGGAAAUGGGAGGAGGGUUCCUGGGGUGAGUGUUUAUAGAGGGCCCGACGGGCUUGAGCCCGGUAAGUUGUACCCGCUAGUGUAUGCGGGUAGUAGGGAGGGUGGUGGAGGAGGUGGUCAAGGGUAUUCGGCUUCGUUGUGUUUAGAAGGUUCGUUGGAUCCGAAUAUGGUUAGAGGUAAGAUUGUGUUGUGUGAUAGAGGGAUUAAUUCUAGAGUGGCUAAAGGAGAGGUGGUGAAAGAAGCGGGUGGAAUUGGUAUGAUUUUGGCUAAUGCUGUGUUUGAUGGGGAAGGGUUGGUGGCUGAUUGCCACGUGGUGCCCGCCACCUCCGUUGGGGCCGCUAACGGGGAUGUUAUCCGAAGGUACAUUGCCGAUAAUUUGAAGCGGUCGGCUAUGCCAGUGGCUACGAUUGUGUUCCGAGGGACCCGGGUCGGGGUUCUGCCCGCCCCGGUGGUGGCUGCGUUCUCGGCCCGUGGGCCGAACCCGGAAACACCGGAGAUACUCAAGCCGAACUUGGUUGCGCCCGGGUUGAAUAUAUUGGCAUCGUGGACCAAUUGGGUUGGCCCGUCGGGCUUGAUUACGGACCGGCGAAGGGCGGAGUUUAAUAUAUUGUCAGGGACGUCGAUGGCAUGCCCGCAUGUGUCGGGCCUUGCGGCCUUGCUUAAGGCGGCCCACCCCGAUUGGAGCCCGGCCGCUAUCCGAUCUGCCUUGAUGACGACGGCGUACACCCUCGACAACCAAGGCGGCAUCAUGAAGGACGAGUCUACCGGGAACGAGUCCACGGUGAUGGAUUUCGGGGCAGGUCAUGUCCACCCUCAAAAGGCCAUGGACCCAGGUUUGGUCUAUGACCUUACAACUUAUGAUUACAUAGACUUCCUUUGCAACUCCAAUUACACAACUAGCAACAUUGAGCUCAUAGCCCCAAAAAAGGCCAAUUGCCAAGGUGCAAAACGGGCAGGUCAUGUGGGUAACUUAAAUUACCCCUCAAUCUCAUACGUUUUUGUACAAUAUGGACAACAUAAGAUGUCUAGUCAUUCAAUCCGAAUAGCUACUAAUGUAGGGGAUCCAAACUCAGUUUAUCGGGUUAAAAUCUUCCCACCCACGGGCACAAAUGUGACCGUGGAACCCGAGCAGCUCAGUUUUCGACGUGUUGGUCAGAAACUAAACUUCUUGGUUAGAGUCCAAGUCGAGGCCAUACCACUAUCAGCAGGAUCAUCCAACACAAGAAGUGGUGCAAUAAUAUGGUCUGAUGGUAAGCAUACUGUCACAAGUCCUUUAGUUGUAACAAUGCAACAACCACUAUAGGUAUUUGUAGCAGUUCUUGUUAAAUGUAACAUUUUUAAGUAAUAUUUUUGGCUCAGAAUCAUAGAACUUUUGAUGUAUAAAAAAAAAUGGAAGUGUGAGUUUGAGUGAGUACAAUUAUGAGAAUCUCUGCAGGGUGUUUUCCACUUCAGAAAACAAGUGAAUGAAGAGGAGUAUCUUGAAUGUUGUAACAGAAUCUAUAAUAUUAUUAGUAUAUGAAUUUUGUACAAGUAUAAUUAUUAAGCUUCUUUUUUUAAGUGUAUAAAAUUCAUUAGAAGAGACAGCAAAAACAAAACAUAGGAAAAAACAAAAUACUGUGGGUUUCAUGUGUUGAAUUUAAUUUAAUGGAGCUUUGUUUUUUGUGCAUAUAAAUUUGUUGAUGGUUAUGUAGCAGUGGUAAGUUUGGUGGAGUGGAGUAUUGGCUGGCUUCUUCUGCUUGAACAAAACUACAUUAUUUGGCUUAGCAUUGCAUGUGAAUAAACUAGUACUAGCAUUAAUAACAAAUAUCAUAGGUUGAGGACCAAGAAUUUACACUAGUACUAACUUACAUGCAUAAAGUCUCCUUGAAUACAGUAACAAUUACGCAAAUAAUAAGGGACGAAAUGUUUAUACCUUUGCUCUUAUAGUGAGUAAACUGUAUUCAAAAGUGUGGAGGAAAUGGCUCGAGCCAAUGUUCAAGUACCAGGCACUACGGCGCUGAAGUGUUCAGUACAAAGGCCAAAGAACAAACAAUGAAAUCCUUUAUCAGAGUUUUGGGUUAUAUUGAUCAGAAGACAGGAGGAGGUCCACUGAACAAAGACUAUAGAAACUAGCUAGAAGAAAACAUGGACAAUUGAAGGUGUUGAAUAUUCAAAAUUUCAACUUUUUUUGAAGUGUCAAAGUAAUUAGUAGUAAGCAUAUCUUAAAGCUGUUAUUAUAUUAAAGUAGUAAUAGUUAUCCAUUAAUAAACAGGUUUAACAGUA